AUGCCUACCGCCCUUGGGAAUAUCACUGCUUCAACACGAGGAGGCCACGAUCAAUCUCGUCCUCGCAUCUCACAGCCCUUGGAAUACUCCGGCUCUCUAGACACAUACACCCAUAAUGACCUCACACCCGUUAUCGGAAGAGAGUAUUUUGGCGUUCAAGUCGCCGCGAUCCUGAAAUCAAACGAAUGCGAUCGCUUAAUCAAAGACCUUGCUGUGACUAUCUCCAAGCGAGGUGUAGUCUUCCUACGCAACCAAGAACUAACGCCCCAAGAGAUGCGACAGUUCGGUGAAAGGUUAUCAGUUCUCGCAGGCUGCCCCGAAUCAUCAGGAUUACACGUGCACCCACUGACAGAAGAAGGAAGCGAGCUAGGGGACCAGAUCAGCGUCAUCAGCAGCGAGAAGCAGAAGAAAGGCGGCGGUCUAACACAUCAGCUCAGCGACACGAGCCGGUUCGCCUCAGUAGGAUGGCAUACGGAUAUUAGUUUCGAGCGAGUACCAUCCGACUACGCAAUGCUGAAGAUCCACACACUCCCGGAGACAGGCGGCGAUACACUCUGGGCCUCGGGUUAUGAAGUUUACGAUCGUCUGUCGCCGCAAAUGGCGGAGUUCUUGGAGGGUUUGACGGCGACACAUGAUGCUACGUUCUUCCAUGAAGAGGCACGGAGAUUGGGCAGCCCUCUACGCAAGGAUAUUCGGGGCUCUCCCCUUAACUCUGGCGAGGAUCUCACCGCAGUUCAUCCUGUUAUCAGGACUAAUCCGGUGACUGGGUGGAAGUCAGUAUAUGUGAACAAGGGUUUCACGCGUCGUAUUAAUGGGGUAACAAAGGACGAGUCGGACGUGUUGUUGCAGUAUCUAUUCAAUCUUGUCACGCAAAACCACGACGCCCAGGUCCGGUUUAAGUGGAACAAGAAUGACAUGGCGAUCUGGGACAACAGGUCGACCUGGCAUUGUGCGACAUACGAUUAUGCAGAAGCCCGAGCUGGUGAUCGAGUUUGCAGUUUGGGAGAGGCCCCUUAUCUUGACCUUCAGUCUAAGUCGAGGAGACAAGCUUUGGCCGAAAAUCGAAGAUAG